GAUAUACCACAGCUUUCAGCCAAUCAGCAUUCGGGGCUUGAACCACCCAGUUUAUAAUUGUGUAUAGGAUAUAUAUCCCAAAAAUAUAAUUUAAAAAGUACAGUCCUUAGGAAAUGCUGUCAUGAACCCACAAGCACUACACCUCACUGUAAUUUAUUUAUUUUAGUGGGUGUGGAGUCCUCUGAAGCGCCUAACAACAUUUUUGAUAAACCAUAGAAGCCAGUGUCUUCCAGGCCAAAUGAAUGUAUCAUAUUCUGAUCUUGAUUUUGGUUAUUUUUUACUUAAACCAUUACAUGAAGGAAUACAUCAGUAUGGUUUACAAUACGAAUAUAUAAAUGUUUAAUGUAAUAACUGAUUUGACACGUAUGAGCAUAGCAGUCUUGUUAUGCCUACAAAUUUUUCGGCAAACAAGCAUCACGCCCAUUCUCUCAACUACGGUGUGAUCGUAGCCAGCGGCAGCUGCGCAGCCUCAACAACACACUGCAGAUCAGGGUAUUCCGCGACUACGCGUAUUUACUGGAGUUAUUUAUUUAAUUGAUGUUAUAUAAUAGUAACUGACAAGGCACACACCCGUCCUCUACCGACAAAAACGGACUCUAGCAAUGCACAGGCCCCUUAAGAAACUUGCUGAAACAAACUGACCUGUGUACUCAAUAGCAAGAUAUAUUAAAGCAGCGACAGUGAGCAGACAAACACAUAACUGGAGUGUCAGCAUCAGGCCAGGUGGUGAAGAACCAGUAGAGUGGUAAGAAGAGCGACCUGGCCUGUGACUCAUCCAUGGCAGACCCAAGCCUGACGUCCCCCUCAGAGGCCCCUCUGCGCUCCCCCCGGGCUGCACCCCUUUCCCUCUCCUUCCCCUUUUUGAGGGAGGGCAGCCGUGUGUGGGAAAGAGGAGUGCCACCACUACCCCGGUCACUGCCCAGCCCACUUCCCACCAAACGCAACCGCACCUAUUCAGCCACGGUGCGGGCCACCUCAGGGCCAGCGUUUAAGGGCGUGUGCAAGAGCUUCUGCAGGUCACAAGGUCAUGGUUUCAUCCAUCCCUCCAAUGGCGGAGAUGACAUCUUUGUUCACAUCUCGGAUAUCGAGGGCGAGUAUGUCCCAGUAGAAGGAGAUGAGGUCACAUACAAAGUCUCCCGGAUCCCACCCAAAAACCUGAAGAUCCAGGCCGUGGAGGUGAAGAUUGUUCAUCUGAACCCAGGGACGAAGCAUGAGACCUGGUCUGGCCAGAUCAUCAGCCAGCUAGACGAGAGCUAGGCUUCAGCGCUGGCCUGUUUAUCUACACUUGGCUACAGGGAGGGCUAGGGUGGGAGGUGGAGGGGUCUGGCUAGGGCAGGCAGGGAUGGCCAACUGGUGCUGGAGAGUCUGUCUAAAUCAGGUGUGCUAGAGCUGGGCUGAAACAAAACUCUAGAUACACUGACUGGCUCCUCAGGACACAAGUUGGCCAUCCGUGAACUAGGAUGUGGUUGGUACAGACUGGAUUGAUAAGUCAUAAAAGCAAGUAAGGGAGGAGAAUAUGUUCAACCUGAAGGUACUGAAAAUGGGUGAGGGGACAGAGCAGAGUGGUGGAGGAAAUAGAAUGAGAAAUCCGACACCAUUUUGAGGAGAAACAUUACUAUUGGUAUGAAAUCAAAAUGAGGUUGGAGAGAAAAUAACUGACGAAGGUUUAGAGGUACAGAAUUGGAAACGUCUGAUUGAGAGAGCAAUCGAGAAGUGAGGGAGAGAUGUCAUGGGAGACAAAAAAAAGCUUGGAAGAAUGAUUUCUAUUUGACUGUGAAUGGAAAAGCCACUAAUAUGUUCUCGAGGUACACAACCAUCUUUAUUUAUAUAUAUUUAUUUGAUCAUUUUGUUUAGAUUUUUUUGUAUCUGUUAGUUUUGAGGUUACUGGAUUUAAGUUUUGGGUAGUCAAACAAAUGCACUUAAAAACUUGAACUUCCAUUCUGAAAUACUGCCGAACCGACUACAACUCCUAUUAGGCUUUAUCAUGUGGCAAUAUGUAGUCCUGUUUGCAAAUUGUAACUCACCAUGAUGGUAUGAGAAAAUUACUGCAAUGUUUUUGAAACUAUUUGAACCUUUUCUAUUGUCUGAGAGACACUGUAACACACUGUCAAUGGAAUUGAAAUACAUUUGAAUGUUUUUGUUUAAGUUUUGAUAUGAUCAUUUGAUUGUUAGUGAACCAUUAUUCAUAUUUUUUCAUGUCUGCCUAUUAUGUUUAGCAUUUCUCCAUAUUUAGGACAUUUCUAUGCAUAUUUAUAUCCUUCAUUCUUACUGUUUUGGGUUGUUUUAUUUCAUAUUUUAGUUUUAGUUAAAAUGCUAGGUUUUCCAUUGGUCACAGUUCAGAGAAUUUUCUGUUACACAAGCCACUGUGGCUAUAGUUUACCCUCAUUUCUAUGUGAGCCUUGAAAGAGCACUAAUAACAUUUCAUGAUUCACAAUUAUGAUGGCUUAUCUUUUUUUAGUAUUUGUCUUUGGAGAUAAGGGUGUACACAUAGUCUGACAUUAGAAUGCCAUGCCUAUGCCUUAGUUAUAAUUUCCAUCUGUUGUACAAAAAAAUAACAAGUCACACUUGGCACAAUGAUAUAAAAUAAUUUAUUACAAUGAACAUAGUUCAAAUUAAUACAGUACUCAACAAUCACUUGAUGAUUUCACAAUUAGUGUAUGUCGAUCAAACUGUACAAGUGAAUCCACUGGACCUUUGUCAUUCAGGAAGGUCUAAUGGCCUUUGGCAGAGGGUGAAGACAUCCAGAUUAUUAUAUUUGUAGCAGACGGCAUUAACCUUUCAAUAAAAUUUGAUUUGAUACAACUAAAGGAUGUGUACCUGUGAAUACUGGGUAGGUAAUGUAAAGGCUGUAUAAGCCAUCUGUGAGAUCCAUUUCUUAUAGUGGUGCAGACUGAAGUAGCAGGAAUCAUUUAUAUGUAAUUGCAUAGAUGAGGUAAGACUUCUCCCUACAGUACCUAAACACUUAG